AUGCCUGGGGAGCAGCCCCGCCGAGCACCGCCCCCAACCAUGACCCGAGACCUGCAGCCCUGCCAAAGAGCAGGUGGCACGGGGGGCCCUGCCCAGCCCCCUGGUGAGGACGGUGCCCCAGCCAGCAGGACCGCCAAGGCCACGGGCAGCAGGGCCCAGGCGGUGGAGCCUCCAGAAUCCCAGCCGUGGCAGGCCGGGGAGGUGGAGCCCAAGGCCCCGCUCCUAAGAACCCAGUCCCUGAGCAGCCCCCCGGGGAAGGGAGGCAGCCCCCAGGCCCCACCGGGGAGGAGCCACGCGCAGGCGCUCACGCAGCAGGCCAGCAGGGCAGACGGCAGCCCCCAGCAGCUCUAUAAUCUGAACAUCUCCGGCUCGAGGGCCAGACCCACCCUGGACAAGACUCCUGAGCGCCCACAGGGCGAGGACCCCGGGCCCCCAGAGGCGAAGGCCCCACCCACCCCAGAAGAGCUCAGUUUCCAAAGGUGCUUCCAGGAGACCCCCUCCAGCUUUACCUCCACCGACUAUACCUCACCGAAUGCCACCUCUGGGCCCCCACCCCUCAGGGCCCCCCCGGGCAGCAGGCUAGCCUCCUACUCGGGAUUCCAGGCCGGCGGGGCUGACGGCUGGCCUCCCACUGUUGAGAACAGCUUCCCAGGUGCUAGAUUCGAGGUCCCUGCGGCCAAGCCGGAGCCCUUUCCCGAAGGGGACGGCCCCAGGGCGGCUUCCUUCCAGUACCCCUUCCAGGCACUGCAUGGGCCCGGCCCGAAACCGUUCCCCGAGGACACAGUCCCGCCCGCGUACGGGGAGAGAGCGCUGGUAUUUGCCUUCCGCCAGCCCAGGGGAGCAUGGCCAGAGGAAGCAGUGGGCACAGGCACAGCCUACUCCCUGCCCGCCCGGCCCGCUCCCCAACCCCCAGCCUGCUACCCUGGCCGGCCCGGCCUUGACCCCCCCAGUGACCUCGGCUGUGCUCCCCCACAACCUGGUGCUGCUCCCCCAGCCCCCAGCCCCUUCUCGGAGAGCACAGCCACCUUUCCGGACACUUUGCACAAGAGCCUGACCAAAGCCCUCCCUGAGAGACCGCCUUCGGCCCACGACGACAGGUUGGGAAGCCCCAGGGGGCCCCCAAACUCUCUGUCACAGAGGCACUUCCCUGGGCAGACCUAUGGCAGUCCUGGGGCCAGUGGAGUGGGGACCAGCCCAGGGUCUCUGGACACGGAGCUGGCCACCCCAGGGCCCCUGCCUACCAGACUGCCCCAGCUGUGGGACCCUGCUGCAACCCCUUACCCCACACCUUCCCUGGGCCCCCCAGCCACCGCCAGGAACGCCUUCUUUGAAGGCCAGGCCAGCCUAGGCCCGCGCCUUGGCCUCCCCCGGAGCCCCCCACUGCCCUGGCCGCAGGUGCUCCCAGCUACCGGGCCCAGCCCCCACCGCAUGGAGGUGCUGAGCCAGCUGCCUUUCCCCGCAGGGGCCCCCGAGUGGCAGGGGGGCGGCCAGGGAGCUCUGGGUGCUGCCGGCAAGACUCCGGGGCCCGGGGAGAAGGUGGCUGUUCUGAGAAACAGCCCGGGCCAGCACGGUGGCGGAUCCCCGGGACUGUUUGCCUACAACGGGCUGAAGGACCCUGGAGCCCAGCCCCUGUUCUUUGGGGUGGCCCAAUCCCAGGUCUCACCCCGGGCGACCCCCGGCCUGCCCCCGCCCAGAGUGGUGGGCGCCUCUCCCUGCGAGUCCCCGCUGCCCUCACCUGCCACCAACACAGCCAGCAACAGCUCCUGCUCUUCACUGUCCCCGCUAUCUGGCAGCCCAGCCAACCCCAGCUCGGAGGAGAGCCAGGCCCCCGGCCCACGCGGGCCCUCCGCCUUCUUCCACGGCCCCGCUCGCCCCCCGGAGACCAGCAGCCCCUACCCAUCCCCCGAGCCCCCACACGCCGUCCCCAUGCACUACCAGCCAGAGUCUGCCGGAGCCUUCCCUUUCCCCGCCGCAGAGGGACUGGGGGCCGAGGGCACCUUCAAAUGCCUGGAGGAGGCCCCCUUCGCGGGCUCAGGCCCCGAGGUGGGCAGCGACAGUGGGCUGGAGGGCUUCCCCCGGGAGCCACCCCCCUACCCCGCCCACCACUUCCCCCUGAGCAGCGCCAGCCUGGACCAGCUGGACGUGUUGCUCACCUGCAGGCAGUGCGACCAGAACUACAGCAGUCUGGCCGCCUUCCUGGGCCACCGGCAGUUCUGCCGCGCGCUCCUGGCCAGGGCCAAGGACGGCCUCCCGCAGCCCCCAGGCCUCCCCAGCCCCCCCGCCACCACCAAAGCCCCAGCUGGUGGGAACCCCAGCCUGCUCAGCCACCCCAAGACGGGCCCCUUCCUGCUAGGUGCGGACCUCCGGGCUGACAGCAAAGAGGACCCCCUGAGGACCAGCUUCCUGCCCGGCCUGGCCGCAGCCCCCUUCCCCCUCCCCGCUGCGGACCUGGACCCCGAGGACGACGCCAAGCUGGACAGCCUCAUCACCGAGGCCCUCAACGGCCUGGGGUACCAGUCAGACAACCCCGAGAUCGACAGCAGCUUUAUCGACGUCUUCACUGACGAGGAGCCUUCCGGCCCCAGAGGUGCUGGUGCCGGGCAGCCCCCCAAGACCAGGGUGGGGACAAUGCCGGAGAACAAAGCCCAGCCCCCACUCCCGGGCGAGGCUGCCCUGCAGGAACCCCAGGUCCCCCGCCCUGGGAAUACAGGCUGCCCGGCCCGCAGCCGGCCCAAAACCCGCUCCCUGGGCCCAGCGCCCACAGAGGCAGACGGGGCUGGCCUGGCCAGCCAGCAGAGGAGAGGGAAGCGGUUUAAGUUGUUGCAAAAAGAUCUGGACACCUCCAGCUCCACCAAGAGCCAGAAGGGCCCCCGAGCCGCUUGCCUGAGGCCAAGGAGGAAAGGCCCCGGGGCUGAGGCACCCCUGCCCCGCCCCCGGGACCUCAGGACCCCGGCCGCCAGGAGCCUCGCAGCUCCUGCCAGACAGGCCCUCCCGGUGGAGACCAGGAGCUCACAGCGCCUCCGCCUGUCCCCGGGGCAGGACUCCAGGAGGAGGCGGCUGCGGGGCGGCACCUGGAGCAAGGAGCUCAUCCACAAAAUCGUUCAGCAGAAGAACAGGCUCCCAGAGCUCACCUGUGCCUCCGAGUCGGAGGAGGAGGACUGCUCGCGGCCACACCCACACGGCUCCCGCCUCCGAGGCCGGCCCCGCCAGGGCUGCCGGCGGUGGCGCCGAGGCACGAAGCGGAAGGAAGUGGACGUGACCCCGGGUCCCAGGGAGGAUGGGGGGCUGCAGAAACCCAGGAUGGUCGUGAGGCGGGAAGCCACCCAGGUCGGGGGCGCCCCCAGCCCUGAGGAGAAAACCCCCAAGCAUCUUCUGCAGGUUCCUGCCAGUGCCAAGACCCCAGAGGAGAACCGUCUGGCACUAGACUUCCCCAGGGAGACCAAGCACCCCGGAACUGCUAAGGAGCUCCCCCCAGAUGCCACAGAACUCCCCAGAGAGGCUCCGAGCUCUUCUCCAGCCUCCCGUGGCGGGGGAAGCCCCCGCCCCCCAGCCCCAGAGCCGCAAGAGCCGGGCAGAGAGGACCCCCGGGUGUCCCACGGAAGUCUGCCGGGCGCUGCCCAGUGCACAGAGCCACCCCCCUCCCGGGACACAGAGGACCCCCCUGCCUACCCACCAGGAGAGCUGCUGGUGCCGGUCGCUCAUGCCACUGACACUGCCUACCUUGAAUCGGGAGCCCUCUUUUUGAAGACCCCUGAUCUUGGCUGCAGCCCUGGUCUUCUUAACAGAGACCCUGUGGGGGUUCCACUUGCCAAAAAGGGGCCCCAGCCCUACAGCAGCCCCCCUAGCAAAUUGUUCCUCGGACCCAAAGACCUGCCUGGCUGUCUCCGAGAAGACCUCUACUCCAAGCCCUUAGCGCCAGAUGCUCCGUCGGCCGGCAGCACGCACCUGCCCCAGGACGGUGUGGACGCCAGUGCCCUCAAGCCAAAACCACCCAGGAGUCUACCCUACGCCACCCACGGGGGUCCCAGCAAAGCCGAAUCACCGCUGACUUUGGAGUCCACACCACUCUUCCCGGGGCUGCCUGUGGGCAGAUUUGACCCGCCCGCCUACAGCAGCCUGUCUGGAAGCAGAGACACCCACUCCCUGUUGGUGUGCGCAGACCCUCCCCCAAGGAGACCCCAGUUAGAGCCGCCAUACUCCCCGCUUCUGCCCGACAAGGGCUGGUCCCUGCUGGAGGAGUCCCCAAUGCUGGCCAGCCACAUGGGUCAUCUUCCUGACCUCCUGGGGGAAAAGGCGUUGAGUAGGAGGUGCCCCGGGGAAGGGGCAGUGGCCGCCAGCCCUCCACUUCUGCCUGGCAAGCUCAGCGAAUGUGGCUUUGCUUUUAUGGGCAGCCUGUCCGAAGAUGAGUUAGAAAUCAAAAGACUGGUCGCCGAAUUAGAGAGUCAGCUGCAGAGUAAAGGGGUGCCUGAGGCCCCAGAACUGCUGUGCACGGCUGGGCAGGCAAGCAGGACGCACGCGGGCACAGGGGCCCCUCUGCCCACCCGCCAGGCCGCCUUGCCCCCCAGGGACACCUUCUCCGAGGCCAACCUCACCGGCCUUGGGGAGUUGACUCCAUGCCCAGAAGGGGCAGAAACAGCAGUGGCCACCAGGGAAGGGGGGCCGGGGAGCACCCAGGAGGAGUGGCCCUCCCCCGACCCAGGAGAAGCAGCCCUUCCCCCCCCUGCACAUGCAGAAGGGGCGUCUGGGGCUCCUGGAACCCUCAGUGGGGACGACCGCAACUUCCGAGCAGUACAGAGAGCCAGAGUCUCGGAGACAGGCCCCCCCAAGCCCGAAGAGGACUGUGGGGUCCACGCGGAAGUCUCUCUGCCCGGCUCUGGAGAGCUGUUCAAGCCUCCACUGGACGUGAGGAGCUUAGCCAAAUGCAGCCCAAGCCGUGAGCCGCUACGUCCAAAAAAUAACAGGGCUGCCAAGAUGCACCCAAGCCACGUCCUGCUGCUCCCUCCCUGCUCAGAGGCAGGUGGGUCCUGCCAAGAGCCCCCUGAGCGGGAAGCGUUUGGCAACCCACUCGCCCAUCUGGCACCCGGCUUGGUGCCUCAGGGGGCCACCCCGUCUUGUGGUGUCCGUCAUAGCGACGCCCCCAAAGGAUACUCUGUAAGCAGGGCAGACCAGCCAGAAGGAGCAGGCCUCCCCCAUGCUGGGGCGGGGGGCCCUGGCCUUAAGGGUAAUGAGGAGUCUGUAGCCGUGGGGGCCUCCCCAAGUCCUGCCUGCGUGCCCAACAGCAGUCCUGGGAGGAGGCCCCAGGACCCAGCCACGAGCCCCCUCCGUCAGCUGCAGCUCCUGGUGGCCAGAGCGGCUGGGAAGGAAGAAGAUGCCUUGGGCUCACAGGGGCCCCCACCUGCUGGCACCCAGAGCCCUCGGCGCAGUGAGCCCUCAGAUCUGGAAGGGGACAGCGUGGAAGGUGGGGACGUGGCCUGCAGCCCCACCCAGGACGUCCCUGCAGCGGCCAGAUGUCAGUUGGGGCCUGAGGCUGAUGGACAUCUGGACUCCCUCGGCCAGGCUGAGAAGCCUGAGGACCAAGACAGAGCCGGCAGACUGCAGCCAGAUAAGUGGGGGAGUCCAGUGGGGCUGGACAACCUCCUCACGGUCAGUGCCGAUGCUGAGACCGCCCUGGCCAGGCUGGCCAGGGAUGCGCACCAGCUAGGGGGACAGCUCCAGGGAAACGGCCUGGUCUUGGGCCUUCAAAAAGAGGCCUGGGCCACCCCAAGCCCUACCUCAUCUGAUGCAGAAUCUUCAGUACCAGCCUUGGUAGCAGCCCACGUCCAAAAUGGGCCUGAAGCCCGGACUUCAGAGGAGGCGGCCAGCCCAGGCCUUGAGAAGCAGCGGCUGCUCACUGGAGACAGCCCUGCUCCCCCCAUCAGGGACCUGACCACCUGUGUCCCCUUGCCUGCUUCUGCAGCCACCUCCAUUCCCUCUGGCCUGGAGCCCCUGCCCCAGGAAGACCCUCCUAUGGGACCUUCGGGUGGGCUGAGGGGGCUGCUCCCAGCCCCAUCCUGCGGGGAUCCCGCCAGCCCGCAGCUCCUCCCAGGCCCUUCUCCUGCCCGGCCCGCUCCGCAAAGGGCUGACAGCACCCCAGCCAGCACAGAUGCUGGGGCUGGACCACCUGCAGCAUCUCCCCCAUCUUUGAGGACAAGCCCCUGUGGCUUCAAGGAAAGCCUGGCUCACCAGCCCCUCCUGGGGAACCACAGCCCCCUGCAGGACCCUCCCUCGGGCCAGCCUGGCUUCAUCAGUGUCUUCACUCCUGCCCAGGGGGAGGACCGCCCUGAAGGCAGCAUGUCAGGACCUCUACAGAGUUCCAGGAAGGAGAACCCAAGGAGCUGUCCUGCCUCUGUCGCCCGUUCUCCCCCCGUGAGGCCCACCUCCCCGAGAGGGACCAUGAACGCCCCUGCCCUGCCCGACGUUCCCACCACAGAUGGCACGGGGGCAGUCAGAGGCCCCGGGGUCAGCCAUCCAUACCGCCACGGCGGGGGAGCCCCACCCCACACCAGCCCCAGCGGGAUGCCCACAGGCCCCACCUCCCCAGACCCCCCAAGCAACAGGGAAGGCCAGGGUGUCACCACUGUGCCCGCUGACCCUUCCACACAGGGGCCCACGGGGCCAGACUCCUGGGCCUGCCAGGAAGACAAGGCGGGGGCUGGCCGCUCUGGAGCCAUGACAGCCCCUGGAGCUGACACCACAGACCCCGCCCUCACCUGCCCGUCCACGGAGCUCCGCCGGGGCAGAACCACGUCUCCCAGCAGCACAGCCCGGGACUCCAGACCCAGCUCCUCCCAGAGUGUCAGAACUGUUCACCGCACACCCCAGAGGGACCCCCUCAGUCUGCAGGGUACCAGACAGAAGCCUGUGUCCACAGACAUUGCCCCCCGGGAGGACCGGGCCCCCGGCAGGCGGCCCACAACCUGUGAGGUGUGCGCAGCCUCCUUCCGCUCCGGGCCGGGCCUGAGCCGCCACAGAGCCAGGAAGCACGGGCUGCACAGGGGCCCCCCCGCCCCGCCCGGCCCCCAGCGCCAGGCGUGCCAGGCCCCCAGGAAGGAAAGCCUCAGGGCACCUGGGAAGGAGAAGCCAAGGCAGGCGCAGAGCAGUCCCGGCGGUGCCAUUGGGCCGCGUCCUGACCGGGGUGCAGAGGCUCCUGAGGACGCGUCAGGCCCUCAGACAGCCAGGGGACUCGGUGCGGGGGACGCCCUAGGCUGCUCCCCCAGCCCGGAACCACACCCCCCAGGCCUGGGUGAGCCGGGAGUGGACAUGAGGCCUGCAGAGCCCAGGAAGCAGGGCCGGCUGGUGAGGGACAAGCGCUGUCCCAAACAGGCAGACAAAGGAGGCGUCCAGCAGCGGGGCCAGGCACCCGAGGACAUCUCCAGCAAGUCAGAGGGGAAGUCGCAGGAUAAGGGCAGAAAUCCCAGAGCAAGAAGGUUCCGGGAGGCAAGGAAUCCUCCAGUCUGUCCAGGUGUGAUUUCAGACAGAAACCGCUGGGGUCCAUCCACCACAACCGCCAGUCCCCCGGGGCCUCCAGGUGGCCCCCUCUCAGCGCGGGCCCAGCCGGACGCUGACGCCUCCUGGCCCUCGGUGACGGAGAAUGCAGUGGACACAGACCCAGAGGAGACGCCAGCACAGAGAUCACCCGGGGAUUGGGUGGCCCGUGCGGAGGGGAUGGAGUGGGCGCCUCCUGGGGACGGGCCGGGGGGACAGAAAACAGCCGUGGCCAGGGGGUGCUGGGGACCCAGGGAGGCUGGAACAUCGGAUGUCUACAAACAGCUGUCGUGGGCAGCCGGGACUGAGCCUGCAGGGGACCGCAGAGCAGCGGAGAGCGGGUCAGGGCAAGGAGUCGGGGAGGGGCACGGACCCCGCACAAGCCCCCCAGGCCCUCGGGAGACUGGCAGCUGCCCCCUGAGCCCCCUGCACAACCCAGAAGUGCAGGUCGGGGUCCAGGAGCGUGCGGGCGCCACUCCCGAAGCCCACAGCCCGGGUCUCGGGGACCCUCUGAGCGUGUUUGAUGAUGACGCCUCCUUUUCGCAGCUCUUCCCUCUGGGCGACCGCUUGACUCGGAAGAAGAACCCCCGUGUUUACGGCAAGCGCUGUAAAAAGCCGAGGGCCCCGCCCCCGCUGGAACCCCACAGCGAGAUGGGGGGCAGCAUCAUGCUGGCCUCCACCCGCCUGCCCACAGACCUCAGCGACUCGGGCUCACUCUGCCUCUCCCACGAGGACCCGUGGGGUGACGAGGCCACGGGUCUGCCAGAGUCCUUCCUGCUGGAGGGCUUCCUGAGCAGCAAGGUGCCCGGCAUUGACCCCUGGGCCCCCAGCCCCAGCCUGUGGGCCCUGGAGGCCGACCCAGAGGUGGACUGUGCGGAGGACAUGCCCCCCCGCCACGCGGAGGACCGCCGGUCAGAGAACAUUCCCGAGCUGCACAUGGUCCCGGCCUCUUGGCGAGACCUGGACCUGCAGGCCCCCGCCGAAGGGAUGGCCUCUUCUCUAGGAGACAAGAGCCCAGAGCCCCCCAACCUGGAGCAAGAAUGCUACGACAGGGGGCUUCCCGGGAACGCCGUGGACCUUGAGAUGCUCAGCGCCAAACUGGAGGUGCGAGAUCUGUGCUUCCUGACGCCCUGUGACGACCAUGUGGGUGUCCUCAGCACGAGCUUCCUGGACUUCGGGGCCACGGUGAGCCCCCAGGAGCCGCAGAGCCCAAGGCCGGCGGGUGCAGCCGGGGCACGAGGGGCGCCGGGCAGGGAGGGGCACGCCAAGGCCAGGAGGGCAUCCUACAAGUGCAAGGUGUGCUUCCAGCGCUUCGGCGGCCUGGGCGAGCUGGACCUCCACAAGCUGGCUCAUAGCCCCGCGCCACCUCCCACCUGCUACAUGUGUGUGGAGCGCAGGUUUGGCUCCCGCGAGUUGCUGCGGGAGCACCUGCAGGAGAAGCACGUGCAGAGCAAGGCAGGGCGCUGGGCCUGCGGCAUGUGCCUGAGGGAGGUCGCCGACGUCUGGAUGUACAAUGAGCAUCUGCGGGAGCAUGCCCUGCGGUUCGCCCGCAAGGGGCAGGCGCGAAGGUCCCUCGGGGACUGGGAGGGGGGCCAAAGUGUCGCUCGCUUCCUGGGCAGCAUCACGGGACAGGCGUCCAGACCCAGUGGGGGCAAACGCUCGAUGGGCAAGUCCAACGGGGGCCCCGCAGAGGCGUCGGGGAGACAGCCAGGGGCCGGGAAGGAAUUCCAGAGGGAGAGGGUGAAACCCAAGGCUCCUGCCCACGACUCAGCAGAUGGGGCUUUGGCUGACAGCAGCCCCACGGCCUGCGGGAACCCCACUCGUCCCAGCGGCUCCUGCAAGACGUCCCCCAGCCUGUCCCCUGAGCCCUGCUCCGGCAGCGAGCCGCUCCUGCAAGGCCUCCCCGUGCACCAGGGCUGCAAAGACCCGUCCCGGGACUGCCACCACUGCGGGAAGCGGUUCCCCAAACCCUUCAAGCUGCAGCGCCACCUGGCGGUGCACAGCCCUCAGCGCGUCUACCUGUGCCCCCAGUGCCCGCGCGUCUACCCGGAGCACCAGGCGCUGCGCGCGCACCUGGGCGGAGCGCACGGGGUGCGGGGGGAGCUGGAGCUGCCGCACACCCCGCUCUACGCCUGUGAGCUCUGUGCCGACGUCACGCACAUCAGCAAGCGCUCCUUCGUCUGCAGCUCCUGCAACUACACCUUCGCCAAGAAGGAGCAGUUUGACCGCCACAUGGACAAACACCUGAGGGGCGGGCAGCAGCCCUUCACGUUCCGCGGUGUGCGGCGGCCUGGCGCCCCCGGCCAGACGGCGCCGGCCCGCGAGGGCACCCUGCCCAGCAAACGGCGCAGGGUGGCCGUGCCCGGCGCCAACGGGCCUCUGUCCUGGGGCCGCAGCCACCCCCAGAGCGAGGGGUCACUCGCAGCCCUGCUCGAGCCCUGCCCAGAGGCAGCUCCUGGCACCACCAAGGGGCAGCCCAGGACCCCGGAGAGGCCUGUAGAGCCCGUGGGUCACCCGGUCACAGGGGGUAACGUGCCCUCUGACCUCCAGGAACUGCCGCCCCCAGCUCUGUCUCCUUUCCCGGUGGCCUCCGCUGAUGGCCAAGGUGGCCGCAAGCCGGAUGGGGCCCCAGGGAGGUCUGAAGGUGAGGCUUCUCCGGGCAACCCUGGGCCUCUUCUCCAGCAGGCUCUCCCGCUGGGGGGGUCUGUGCCCCAGCCGGGGGCCAGAGGCCAAGAUGUAGAGGAAAAGAGGGCUACUGGCCCAUUCUCAGGGAAACGCAGGACCCCGAGUGCCCCUGACCAUUGCCUGGAAGCCCCCUCCCUGCUCCAGAAGGAGAAGCAGGUGUCCACAGGCCACACGGCACCUGAGGGGGGCACAGAGGGACCCUCCCACAAGGGCAGUGCCGUCAAGCCUUGGGGCUGCCGGAGUUCAUCAAAGGACAGGUCGGCCUUGCCCACCCCCAGCAAAGCUCCCAGGUUCCCGGUGCAACCGAAGAAGGUCGCGGCCAGUCCGACACCCAGAGAGCUAGCCCAUGGCACUGAGGACAGGCCAAAGUCCACCACCCUCAAAGCCAAGCCGAGCCCCAACUCCCAGGGUGGUGGAGGCCCACGGCACAGCACCAAGACAGCAGGGGGCAGCCAGCCCCAGCCAGGCAGCGGGCAGCUCCAGAGUGAGACGGCCACCACCCCGGCCAAGCCCAACUGCCCAGGCCAGGGCCCCACCCCAGACAAGCACCCUCCUCGAGCCAAGGGCUCUCCCAAGGGGCCAAGGGAAGCUGGUGACCAGGGGCCCCGAGGGAGCCCGGGCACCAGGGAGGACGGGGAGGUCAGCGAGAAGAAAAGGAAGGGCCGGGCCCCGGGGCCAAGCAGGAGUGAGAGUGUGGGGAGCUUGGGGAGAGCCCGCGUGGUCCCUGAAAAGCCGCCCCGGGCCCCCCGAAAGCAGGCGACACCCAGCCGUGUGCUCCCCACCAAGGCCAGGCCCGGUAGCCAGAACAGCACGAUACCACCCCAGCCCUCGGAGCAAGGGCAGGCGGGCCCCAGACACACCCACGGGGACUGCAGACGCAGCAAGGAGGGGCAGGGCAAGGCCUGCCCCCAGGGGAGGCCCCUGCACAGACCCCCGAAGAGGGACAGAGCUGUCCACGGUGCUGAACCUGCCGACCCCCGUGCCUGCAGGACCGCCGCGUCCCAGAACGACCUCCUCAGCCAGCUCUUUGGGCAGCGACUGACCAGCUUCAAGAUCCCGUUAAAGAAGGACCCUCCCGAGUAA